UUACAGUCAACGUCUGUCCAAUGAAGAGAGCGAGCGGGCGUGUACAGUACGCAUGUCAGUACAAUAUUGACAUCAACAGUGGCUGUUCGUUACCAAGCUAAUGUCAAGAAAUUCUGCGUGAAUAUAAACAAAGAUUCCUCUAGUAAUGGGGAAUUCUCACUCCAACUUGAAGGGGAAAGAAAAGAGCGACAGCCAGUCCGUCUUAACAACUGGUUCAGAGUAUGUAGAUAUACGUAAUGAUGAGGAUGGAAAGAAUGGAGACGUGUCUCAGUUCCCUUAUGUUGAAUUCACGGGCAGAGACAGUGUCACAUGUCCCACAUGCCAGGGCACUGGCAGAAUACCGCGAGGCCAAGAGAACCAGCUUGUGGCUCUGAUCCCGUACAGUGACCAGAGGCUUCAGCCGAGGAGAACGAAGCUGUAUGUCAGCGUGUCUGUGUCUCUCUGCCUCCUGCUGUCUGGCCUGGCUGUGUUCUUCUUGUUCCCUCGCUCCAUCGAUGUCACCUAUGUCGGGGUGAAGUCUGCCUUUGUCUCCUAUGACCAGGCCAAACGGAUUGUCUAUCUCAACAUCACGAACACUCUGAACAUCACAAAUAACAACUACUAUGCCGUGUCCCUGACCAACAUCACCGCCCAAGUGCAGUUCUCUAAGACAGUGAUUGGGAAGGCCCGUACUAGCAAUGUGACUAACAUCAUGCCACUGGAUAAGCAGCAGAUUGACUACAUGGUCCCCACAGUCAUUGCGGAUGAGAUGAGCUAUAUGUUCGACUACUGCACGCUGGAGUCCAUAAAGGUUCACAACAUUGUUCUCAUGAUGCAGGUGACUGUGACCACGUACUACUUCGGUCACGCGGAACAGGUCUCCCAGGAGAUUUACCAGUAUGUGGACUGUGGGGGCAACACCACCUCACUGCACGGACAUGUGAAAGUGUAUCCGUAAGGCAGUGAAAAAGAUCCAUAAUGGAUGCCAGUCAAUGGGUUUCAGAGUUCCUUUCGGAACACUUGGAAGUGAGAACUGGUGGAAGUGUGUCGCUGAGACCGUGAUGUUAGGAAGGUGUCAAUGUACACUUUCGGGAGAGUUUAUUGAGGUUGUGAUAGUUUUCUUUUACUAAUGCAAUAAUCCACUUUAGUGUGUAGAGGUGUGAGAUAUAGAUGCACUUUAGCUUGGGAUAGGCAGAAAGGUCAUCAGAACGUAUUACAUGGAGUUGUUGAUUAUGAAAUAUGUACCACUAACAUCCCUAGACCACUAAGAUCGGAACUUACCAUAUGCAAAGUAAUGAGACAGAACACUGGUUUUGACAUCAGUACCAUUAUUCACCACUAACAACAUCAAAACACUUUCCGAUUACAUUUCUCUAUUCCAUUUUGUACAUUCCCUGUUUGUUUUCUUCAAAGAAGUUGUGCACAUUAUAUUACUUCCUGAUGUGCCAUUAGUCUCUAACGGUGGUUAGAUUUAGAGCUAACUCUGAGGUGACAAAUCAAGUAGGGGGAAAGUCAAGGUAAUUAUAAUGACUACUAGACCUAUUCUUUUAUAUAUCUAUUAGUGAUUUGAUUGCAACAUUUAGCUAAUCAUAAUUUAUUCAGAUUCUAUAGCACUUUGGGAGGAAUUCGUAUUUCUACAUCAGUCAAAAAGAUAACCUAUUUUAAAUUGUCAGUUGCUCUUCAAUUGUUUGAAAGGUUCAUUUUAAAAGAAAUGUUAUUUGUUAACGUAGGUAAUAUAAUACUUAUGUUUGAAAUUUAAUUUCAUAUGAAUACCAUCAGUGUUGUUGUAAAAAAAAUUAUUUCUUUAAUUGGAAUAUUGAAAAUGUAUCUUUUGCACCUUAAUUUUGUCAAUGUUCAUCUCUGAACCUUGCAAGUAAAAAAGUGGUUUUUAUCAGUUAUUUUAUUAGAUUUUAGGUGUUGGGAAACAGUGGCCCCUAAAAGUGUCCAUUUGUUAUAUUUGUUAAACAUUUAUUAUCUUUAUAGUCUGUUGUGUGUGAUGUACAGAAGACUAAACUGAGUACAACAGAAAUGCCCAAGAUGAAAUAUCAGAUGUGUACAACUGUGUUGAAAGUUUAAUCUGUUACUACUGUAUAAUAGAACUGCUCUUUGGAGGGACAAUCACAUCAAUAUAUUGUUAAAUAUUCCAAAGUGCCAUGUAAUGUUCUAAAUUUACUCUGUAUAAAGUCUGGGCUGAAUCCUCAUUUGAGGUACCUUCACUGCACUCCUGUGGAAAAUCUUGUAGGCCACAACCAUUCACAUAUUACAUCUAGCUGUGUUUUUUCUUGCAUGAAAUUGGAAAUAAAGUAGAUUUUGAGUUUUU